GUUACCGUAAAGUUCGGGAGUUGCAGUAUAUCCCCUCUUCAUCCCCUCUUCUCUUUAAUCAUACCAGUCAUCGAAGUUAGAACAAAGAAACGGAAUAAGAAAAAAAAAAAACUACUUGAUUCUUUAUUAUUAUUAUUAUUUGAUUACGUCUUGGAAGUCAAGCCUCAUAUGUGGAUCAACGCCAUCCCAAAAAGCAAGGCGACAAAGCUAGUACACUACACAGUUUAGCAUACACGUUAUCAAUCCCCAGGGGUCCAGUGACCAGUUGCCAAGCCGGUCUACCAAACUUACGUCGCCUCUGCUGGAAAAGGUUGAUGACUGGCUUACAAGCCUUUGACCUGGGAACCAAUCCGAGGACACCACUUGGGCUACCCCUGAUAAUUCAGAUUACGCCUUGAUCUUUCCCAAUCAGAGCACUCCCCACGCCACCGUCCCGCCCCAAUUUUCCAACUUGUUCUACGCCUAUUUAGUCUAGGCUUCUCUCGCUCUCGCAUUACAUCCUCAACACGUUCCCCCCAUCUUCCCGUUCUCCUUACAGAACAACCCACGACCUUGGCGUCGAAUCUGCCAAAGCCGCAUACAUCGAUGAAGGAAAGCUCGACUGAUAAGGCCUCUCACAUAGAUCGCAUACGCUCUUGGGCACGAGGUCACGCGUAUGGAGGCUCAACACGGUCCACCGCGUCCAACAGUACUCCUGUUCUACCCUUAACUAACCCAACCGCACCCAAUUCCCAGCACCACUCGGAAAAGGGUCAAGAUGCUAGCGCCGGCAACCUCGCCGGUCACCACCAGGACCUCCCUAACGGCUCCGCAGACCACAAACUUCACCAUGCCGGACCGAAUAACGAAGAUGCCGGUAAGUCAAGUUCGCCGGCAUCUGAAAUGGAGGGGACGGGGCCUGUCAUAGACGAGAAUAGUAGCAAGAAAAAACCAAACAUUUUCAUCGAAACUUGCCUUGAAUUUAAAAAGGUCCUUCUCCAUAGCUGGAUCAACGUAUUCUUGGUCUGCGUUCCGAUCGGAAUUGCCAUCGCAAACAUUCCGAAUAGAAAUGCCGGAGCUACAUUCGGCGUUAACGCUGUUGCCAUUAUUCCUCUUGCGGCUCUCCUCAGUCAUGCCACUGAAUCCGUAGCUCGCAAGAUGGGCGACACAAUCGGCGCAUUGCUUAACGUGACGUUUGGCAAUGCCGUCGAAUUAAUUAUUUUCAUUGCAUUGGUCAAGGGUGAAAUUCGUAUUGUUCAGGCCUCAUUGCUAGGAUCUAUCCUUGCAAACUUGCUCCUUAUUCUGGGCAUGGCCUUCUUUUUUGGUGGUCUACGAUUUCGCGAACAGAUCUACAACAGCACCGUCACUCAGAUGAGUGCUUGCCUGCUCAGUCUAAGCGUGAUUAGUCUUAUGUUGCCGACUGCAUUUCAUGCAUCGUUCAAGGACAAGGCCGAAGCAGACAGCGAGUCUCUCAAGAUUAGUCAUGGCGUCAGCGUCAUUCUCCUUUUGGUUUAUGUCAUCUAUCUUGGGUUCCAGCUGAAGUCUCAUGCAUACAUGUAUGAAUCGACUCCUCAACACAUCAUUGAUGAAGAAGCGACUCCUGGACCUGCUGCCGCAUGGCUCGAAUCGUCUGAUUCUGACUCGAGCUCCUCUUCGGAUUCGGACUCUGAUAACUCGAAUCACUCGAGAGAAACAAUGUCAAAGCGGGUCAAACGUGUUAUCCGUCGUGGACAUCGCCGUAGAAAGUCUAGCGUUGCAUCUAUCGACACCGAUGUGCCUCGUACACGAACUUCGUCUCUUGGAACUAACAACGCUAGCCCCACCCACGAAGGGUCUAGAUCUAGUAACUCUGAACACGGCCCUGGCUUACUCCCUCGAUUAGGUUCUAGAGGUAGUGACGAGGCUCUCGAAGAAGAUGAUGAUGCCAAACCGCGCCGUAAGCAUAAGCGUUCUAAACGCAAACAUAAGCGUAGUAGAAAGACGUCUCUCCCUGUUGACGAAGAGGCCGCUCAACCAGAGAAUAUUGCUGCCCCUGGACCAGACGACACACACAAUCCUAUCACAAAUACUGGAGAGCCUCGCCGUGUGGAUUUCGCAGAUGCGGUUGCUAAUGUCGAGGGGGCAUACGAAGUUACACCGACUGGUACUAAGCGUCCUUUCAACAACCUUCGUGUCCUGUCCCUUCGACCUGUGGCUAAGAGCCUAGCGCCUCCUGUUUUCACCCAAGGUUCUGAGAUGGGAGCUACGCCUUCUGUUCCGCCUGGUCCCGUACCACGCGUCAGAUACGGAAUACGUAGAACAAAUUCCCUUCCGGAGAGACUUAAUCAGUACCAGUAUCGACCCCCAGGAGCCAUGAUGCCCUCCCAAGUUCCAGUGUCGAUUCUAACCGGCGGUACCGGUAAAGAGGGCGAGGAGCACGGAGACGACCUGUCACGUGGCGCGGCUAUCAUCAUGUUACUCAUCUCCACAGCGCUUGUCGCUUUGUGUGCCGAAUUCAUGGUGGAUGCUAUCGACGACGUGGUAUCGAACAGUGCUCUCAAAGAAACAUUUAUCGGGUUGAUUAUCCUUCCCAUCGUCGGUAACGCCGCAGAACACGUGACAGCCGUUUCGGUUGCGAUGAAGAACAAGAUGGAUCUGGCAAUCGGUGUGGCUAUUGGUUCAUCGAUCCAAAUCGCUCUAUUCCUGACACCACUCGUGGUUAUCAUUGGCUGGAUUAUUGGUCAGCCUAUGACAUUGUACUUCACCCUCUUCGAGACCGUGUGUCUAUUCGUAUCAGCGUUUAUAAUCAACUUCCUGAUCUUGGAUGGACGAAGCAACUAUCUCGAGGGCGCGCUGCUCUGCGCUACUUAUGUCAUCAUUGCAGUUGUUGCAUUCUUCUAUCCUGAAGGUGAUGCUGCCAGCUCUCUGGGUGCGUAAGAGGAGUUCCAUCGCCCCAUCGCAACAAAACGCCCUAUUUAUUUAGCAACGAGAUACCAUGAUAUUCGACAUGAGCAUGAGAUAUGUCUACCAUUUAUCACUGCUUUGGUAUUCAGGGUAUUGGGGGUUUCACGCAGAUGGGUGACAUGGUACAUGGAAUUUCGUAUUAUAGGGGAGGUACAUGAUUUUACGAUUCUCUGACGAAGGUCGCUCGUCCUUUCGGGUCGACUUUUAACGAUUGAUUAAUUUGGAAUUUGAGUGAGCAUUUGAAGAUUUGCAGGAGACUAGCUGAGCCAGCCAACUUGGCCGCUCUGAUCGGGAUUGUGGUAACAAAUAGCGCGUUGAUAAAGACUCCGAUUCUAUUUGAGUCGUUUGAGUAAAUUGACAUUCCUUUCGACA